AUGGAAAUUGACAUUGAAAGUUCGACGACAGCGACAAACGUUCGACCACCGCAGCCACGACACGCCUCCCAUCGACCACCGCUGCACGAAUCUUCUUCGCUCGACGGAAGAUUCUCAUCACGUCCAUCGGAGGCCUUUACAUCUCUCGCACCACGCUCCGACAUCAUGGCUGACACUCCCGUUACCCUGCGGACUCGCAAGUUCAUCCGCAACCCUCUCUUGGGCAGGAAGCAGAUGGUUGUUGACAUCCUCCACCCUAACCGCGCAAACAUCUCCAAGGAGGACCUCAGGACGAAGCUCGGUGAACUCUACAAGGCCAGCAAGGAUCAAAUAUCGGUAUUCGGCCUCCGCACCCACUACGGUGGUGGAAAGACCACCGGCUUUGCUCUCGUCUACGACUCUACCGAAGCCUUGAAGAAAUUCGAGCCCCGUUACAGACUCGUCCGCUACGGUGCCGCCGAGAAGCUCGAGAGGCCAAGCAGAAAACAACGCAAGAGCAGCAAGAUCAGAGCCAACAAGCUCCGAGGAACGGCGAAGGUCAAGGGUGUCAAGAAGGCCAAGAAAUGA